AAAAUUCCCACAGGUUCCCCAAUUUGGCAUUUUACGUAAUUUUACCGGAAAAAGAAGGGUAUAUUCACUUCCUCCUUAACCCCCCCGCCCCUUCCUCCUUCAACCCUGUCGUUUAUAUAUCUUCCGCAAACUCCAACACUUUUUCUACGGCCCGCUUCUCUUUCAAGUUUCAUCUCUCUCUCUCUCUCUCUCUCUAGCUCUCUCUGUGUGUCUCCGUUCCCCGUAUCUCUCUCUCAGCUGAAGUCUGAUCUCAAUCCCCGCCGUCUCUGUAAACCUCUUCGCAGUACAAUUCGCAGAGAUCCAGUCAGAUCUUAGCUGUUGAGAUGGCGACAUCGGCAGCUGGGGCCACAGGAUGGUACAAGGGGAGAGUGAAAGCUGUGCCAUCUGGGGACAGUCUGGUCAUAGUGGCAAUUUCCACCACCAAGAAAGGACCUCCUCCUGAGAAGACCGUCACUUUGGCUUCUCUUAUGGCACCUAAGCUGGCUCGGAGAGGCGGAGUUGAUGAGCCCUUUGCCUGGGGUAGUAGAGAGUUUCUGAGGAAGCUUUGCAUUGGCAAGGAAGUUACUUUCAAAGUUGAUUAUGCUGUGCCCUCAAUUGGGAGGGAAUUUGGUACUGUAUUCUUGGGUGAUAAAAAUGUUGCUGCACUUGUUGUUUCUGAAGGCUGGGCAAAGGUCAGGGAGCAGGCAUCACAGAAAGGAGACGCUAGUCCUUUUCAUGCUGAACUGCUACGGCUUGAAGAACAAGCAAAGGAACAAGGUCUUGGUAGAUGGGAUAAGGAUCCUGGUGCUGCUGAGGCAUCUAUCAGAGAUCUCCCCCCUUCUGCCAUUGGAGAUGCUAGUUACUUGAAUGCUGAGGCUUUUUUAGCUGAAAACAAAGGAAAACCUAUGGAAUGCAUUGUUGAGCAGGUUCCUAAUGGAAGCACCAUACGUGUCUAUUUGCUUCCAGAUUUUCAGUUUAUUCAAGUCUAUGUAGCGGGAGUCCAGUGCCCAUCCAUGGGCAGAAGAGCGUUAGCUGUACCUGUUUUGGAAAAAGAGGCAAAAUCAGGCGAGACAAAUGGAGAUACUUCUGCGCCCAGUGCGGCAGAGAGAGUUGCAGCUCCAGCAACACAUCAAGAAAAUCCUCCUCAGCCAUUUGCUGUUGAAGCCAAACACUUCACGGAGCUUCGUGUCUUAAAUAGAGAAGUUCGUGUUGUUUUUGAGGGUAAAGACAAGCAUGGGAAUCUGCUUGGGUCAGUCUACUAUCCUGAUGGGGACACAGCGAAGGAUUUAGCACUGGAACUUGUGGAAAAUGGUUUAGCUGAAUAUGUUGAAUGGAGAGCCAGUUGUCUGGAAGAAGAUGCCAGGCGUCGGUUGAGGUCCGCAGACCUUGAAGCUAAGAAAAGUCGCCGGAAUAUGCAUACCAAUUAUAAUCCAGGUGUUAAAAAUUCGAAGGCAAUUCACGACCAAAAAUUCACUGGAAAGGUUGUGGAAGUUGUAAGUGGUGAUUGCAUCGUUGUAGCUGAUGAUUCUUUCCCUUGUGGAAGUCCACUGGCUGAAAGACGAGUUUUUCUUUCAAGUAUUAAGUGCCCGAAGAUGGGGAAUCCUCGCGUAGACAAGCCAGCAGAGCCAUUUGCCCUGGAAGCCAAGGAGUUUUUGAGAACACGGCUCAUCGGCAAACAGGUACACGUACAAAUGGAGUACUCUUGGACCCCCCCUGAGGCUGCUGGUUCUGGAGACUCUAGACUGAUGCAUUUUGGGUCAGUGUUUCUCACAUCUUCUACCAAGGGGGACAAUGCUGAAGCAUCAGCAACAGCACCACCAACUACUGCUGGUCAGCCAGCUGGUAUCAAUGUGGCUGAGUUGAUUAUUUCUCGUGGCCUUGGCGAGGUUAUAAAGCAUAGAGAUCAGGAUGAAAGAUCAAGUUACUAUGAUUCCCUUCUUAAUGCUGAAUCACGAGCUACUGGUGCGAAGAGAGGGAAGCAUUCCUCCAAGGAGUCUAUCACCAAGCCCAUGCACAUAACAGAUCUUACUUCUUCUAAGAAUAAUAAUGCAGGAAUUGCCAAGAAAGCAAAAGAUUUCUUGCCGUUUCUGCAACGUGGUAGAAAGAUUACAGCCGUAGUGGAAUACGUGCUGAGUGGUCAUCGUUUUAAGUUGCUGGUUCCCAAGGAAACUUGCAGCAUUGCCUUUGCUCUGUCUGGUGUUAGAUGCCCUGGCCGCGAUGAACCUUAUUCGGAUGAAGCAAUCGCAUUGAUGAGACUGCGGUUGAUGCAGAGAGAAGUAGAGAUUGAGGUUGAGACUGUCGACAGAAACGGAACUUUCUUAGGAUCCUUGUGGGAGUCGAGGACUAACAUGGCAACAGUUCUUUUGGAAGCUGGGCUUGCUAAGCUACAGACUGCUUUUGGCAGUGACAGGAUUCCUGAAGUCCAUCUACUUGAGCGGGCUGAGCAAUCUGCCAAAAAGCGGAAAUUGAAAAUAUGGGAGAACUAUGUUGAAGGGGAAGUGGUCUCUAAUGGUGCACCAACCAUGGAAGGCAAGCAGAAAGAAGUUCUGAAGGUCGUGGUUACUGAAGUCUUGGGAGCUGGCAAGUUCUAUGUCCAGACGGUUGGAGAUCAGAGAGUAGCAUCCAUCCAGCAACAGCUCGCCUCCCUCAAUCUUCAGGACUCUCCUCCACCUGUUAUUGGUGCUUUCAAUCCGAAGAAGGAGGACAAAGUACUUGCUCAGUUUAGUGCAGAUAAUUCUUGGAAUCGAGCUAUAAUUGUCAACGCACCGAAAGGAGCCGUCUCAUCACCAAAGGAUAAGUUCGAGGUCUUCUACAUUGAUUAUGGAAACCAAGAAGAGGUCACAUAUGCGAAUUUGCGACCUAUCGAACCUGCACUAUCUUCAGCCCCUCCGCUUGCCCAGCUUUGCACCCUGGCAUAUGUUAGGGUCCCUGACCUCGAUCAAGACUUCGGCCCAGAUGCUGCUGAGUUUUUGAGCGCCAACACUUUGAGCACUUCAAAAGAAUUCAGAGCCAAAAUAGAGGAGCGCGAUUCCAUUGGAGGGAAAGUUAAAGGGCAGGGCACUGGCCCAAUCCUAAGCGUAACCUUGGUGGCUGUCGAUGCUGAGAUUAGUGUAAAUACAGCCCUGGUUCAGGAAGGACUAGCUAGGAUCGAGAAGAGGAGGAAGUGGGACCAAAAGGACAGAAAAGUUGCACUCGAUAACCUGGAGAAGUUCCAGGACGAAGCACGUUCCGCCCGGAGGGGAAUGUGGGAGUAUGGAGAUGUCGAGUCGGACGAAGAGGAUGUCGCCGCUCCACCGGCACGCAAGGCUGGCGGUGGCCGCCGAUGAUAGUGUCGCCGUUGCCGGCAACAAAAAAAAUGCUCGUGUACAUUAUUCAUACCUCAGCACACAGGUUAAAAAGAUGUUGCACAGCAAAAGGGAAUAUGACGAGACAUGAGCUACAGUAAGUGAAUGUGAUGAGAGACAUAAAGCUAAAUCCUCCCCCAUUUAGGAUUCUGAGUUUUGUUUUGUUUUUUCCCUUUUCCAUUUGAGGUUAUAAUUUGUAGGCGAGAUGCGGAGGUGAACUAUUUUUUUCCCCCCUAGUUCUUAAUAAGGUGAACUAUUUAUAGCCAGUUUGAGAUGUUGAGUGAAAACCUUCGUAGAAGAGGGAAAAAAAAUAGAGAACAGUUUUGGUGUUUUUGAAGGAUCCAUCUUUGCGUUUUCUAUCAUUCUGUCGUCUGGUUUCCCUUUAAUGUGUUUCCUUUUUGUUUUGGGAAAUAAGCUUAACCUGAGUUGUAUUAGGGGGCCCUGAUGCCAGUGCCUUCAGAACCGAAACGGACAUAGAACGAAGGGUUGAAAUAUCUGUAAUCGUGGAUAUCCAACCGAAUCCGAUUUAAUUGGGUAGGGUAAAAUUCGAACCCGAAGGAUUUUUUGUGGGUACGGGUAAAAUUCGAACUCGAAUAUUGUGACUGAUGGGUGGACAUGAUUUUUUCACUAUCUAACCCGAACCCGUCCGAUUAUAAUACACAUGCAUAUGAUUUGUGUAUAAAUAAUCAUUAUUUUUUUUCAACAUAUUUUA